AUGGCCCCACGACUUCACCUCCACAUCGCCGAAGGCGAAGGCAUUGACCCAGACGACGCCUUCAACCCCUUCCAUCGCAGACUCAAUGACUUGACCACCGACCAGCGCAUCCAUUCAGCCACUGCAAAACUCCGAGCCAUCGCUGCAGGAUUCCCCUCUGAUUCCCCCCGACAGGACUCUGGAUCCAUUCGUGGUUUGCGUGCCGAUUCCUCCUCUUCUCAAGACUCAUUCUCGAACCCUCAUGACGCUGCAAUCCCCGACCAGCACCUCACGUCCCAACAACUCUACUUUCGAACGUACUGGCAAGCCCUUCCCGCAGAGUCUCCUCGAUCACUCAGUCCAACGCCUCCUCCCAGUCAGGCUCCAUGGAGGACUCUCUUCCAUGAAGACCUGCACAGAAGCUCUCCCAGCCCCACUCAUCAUCGUGGCAGAGUGUCCAAAGGUCGAGUUGCCAAACCUCUUCCAAGGCAUUCUAUGGUUACCAGAUCCAAAGCCCGUGCUGGGCAGCGAUUUCUUGCCCUCAACUUCGACGGACGACCGCCUUGA